GACGCUGCCGGGGCGGGGAUAACCCCUCACGUGGAGCAGAUGAAAGGGCCGCGGCGCGACGGCCCGGGGAGCCGAGCCGAGCCUACGACCCACAAAGCCGCCGCCGCCGCGAUGGGGCUGUGAGGCGUCCGCCAGCGCUCGGUCCUCCGCCGGCCCGCGACUAUGCCCGGCCGCGCCCGCCCUCCGCGCCCUCCCGCCGCAGGACCAUGAGGCCGCGCUCGGGCGGGCGCCCAGGGGCCCCGGGCCGCCGCCGCCGCCGCCUCCGCCGCCGCCCCCGCGGCCCCCGCGGCAGCCGCUUGCCGCCGCCGCCGCCGCUGCCGCUGUUGCUCGGGCUGCUGCUGGCGGCCGCGGGGCCCGGCGCGGCGCGGGCCAAGGAGACGGCGUUCGUGGAGGUGGUACUGUUCGAGUCGAGCCCGAGCGGCGACUACACCACCUACACCACCGGCCUCACGGGCCGCUUCUCGCGGGCCGGGGCCACGCUCAGCGCCGAGGGCGAGAUCGUGCAGAUGCACCCACUGGGCCUGUGUAAUAACAAUGAUGAAGAGGACCUGUAUGAAUAUGGCUGGGUAGGAGUGGUGAAGCUGGAACAGCCAGAAUUGGACCCGAAACCAUGCCUCACUGUCCUAGGCAAGGCCAAGCGAGCCGUGCAAAGGGGAGCCACAGCAGUCAUCUUUGAUGUGUCUGAAAACCCAGAAGCCAUUGACCAGCUAAACCAGGGCUCAGAAGACCCACUCAAGAGGCCAGUGGUGUAUGUGAAGGGCGCAGACGCCAUUAAGCUGAUGAACAUUGUCAACAAGCAGAAAGUGGCUCGAGCGAGGAUCCAGCACCGCGCCCCUCGCCAACCUACUGAGUACUUUGACAUGGGAAUUUUCCUGGCUUUCUUCGUGGUGGUCUCCUUGGUCUGUCUUAUCCUCCUUGUCAAAAUCAAGCUGAAGCAGCGGCGCAGUCAGAACUCCAUGAACAGGCUGGCUGUGCAAGCUCUGGAGAAGAUGGAAACCAGAAAAUUCAACUCAAAGAGCAAGGGGCGCCGGGAGGAGAGCUGUGGGGCCCUGGACACGCUGAGCAGCAGCUCCACGUCUGACUGUGCCAUCUGCCUGGAGAAAUAUAUCGAUGGAGAGGAGCUGCGCGUCAUCCCCUGUACUCACCGCUUUCACAGGAAGUGUGUGGACCCAUGGCUGCUGCAGCACCACACCUGCCCCCACUGUCGGCACAACAUCAUAGAGCAAAAGGGAAACCCGGGGGCCCUGUGUGUGGAGACGAGCAACCUGGCCCGCAGCCGGCAGCCGAGGGUCACCUUGCCGGUACACUAUCCCGGCCGCGUGCACAGGACCAACGCCAUCCCAGCCUACCCUACGAGGACAAGCAUGGACUCCCACGGGAACCCUGUCACGCUGCUGACCAUGGACCGGCACGCGGAGCAGAGCCUCUACUCCCCGCAGACCCCUGCUUAUGUCCGUGGCUACCCACCCCUGCACCUGGACCACACCCUGGCCACUCACCGGUGCGGCCUGGAGCACCGGGCCUACUCGCCGGCCCACCCCUUCCGCAGGCCCAAGUUCAAUGGCCGCAGCUUCUCCAAGGCAGCUUGCUUCUCCCAAUACGAGACCAUGUACCAACACUACUACUUCCAGGGCCUCAGCUACCCAGAUCAGGAGGGCCAGCCCCCACCCAGCCUCGCGCCCAGGGGCCCGGCCCGGCCCUUCCCACCAGGCGGCGGCAGCGGCGGCCUGCUCUUCCCCACCGUGGUGCACAUGGCCCCGGCCACUCACCUGGACAGUGGCAGCACGUCCAGCUUCAGCUGCUACCACGGCCACCGCUCCGUGUGCAGCGGCUACCUGGCUGACUGCCCGGGCAGCGACAGCAGCAGCAGCAGCAGCUCGGGCCAGUGCCACUGCUCAUCCAGUGACUCCGUGGUGGACUGCACCGAGGUGAGCAACCAGGGCGUGUACGGCAGCUGCUCCACCUUCCGCAGCUCCCUCAGCAGCGACUACGACCCCUUCAUCUACCGCAGCCGGAGCCCCUGUCACACCAGUGAGGCGGGGGGCUCAGGCCGAGGGCCUGCUGUGCACCUUGAGGGCUCCCCCCCACCUGAGGAACUCCAGGUCGUCCCUGGCCACAGCGCUGGGCAGGGCGAGCUGUGGCCCGGCCCGGCCUCUCCCUCGGGGGACCAGCUGUCCACCUGCAGCCUGGAGAUGAAUUACAGCAGCAACUCCUCGCUGGAGCACCGGGGGCCCAAUAGCUCUACCUCAGAAGUGGGGCUGGAGGCUUCUCCUGGGGCCGCUCUGGAACUCAGGAGGACCUGGAAGGGGGGCUGGGAGGGGUCAUCGUGUGCCUGCUGCUGUGAGCCUCAGUCCUCUCCACUGGGGCCCGGGGCAGGGACAGCUGGGGGUGGCGGCCCCUUGUUCCUGGGCUCCCCACUCCACGAUGGCUGCGGCCCCGCGGGUGGGGACGUGCAACCAGGGAGCUCGCAGGGCGUGUACAGCCUGCACGCCGACCAUUUGCCCAGGACAGACGAGGUGCAGUACGAGGGCCUGCCCUGCUGCUUCUAUGAAGAGAAGCAGGUGGCCCGUGGCGGGGGCGGGGACUACGCGGUGAGUGUGCAGUACACCCUGGCGGAGGAACCCCCACCCAGCUGCUACCCAGGGGCCCAGGACCUGAGCCAGCGCAUCCCCAUCAUUCCUGAGGAUGUAGGCUGCGACAUGGGCCUGUCCCCAGACUGUCAGGGGACCCACAGCCUUGGCCCCUGGAGCGGGGUGCUGGGCCUGGACACCCCACGGCGCUACACCCAGGAAGAGGAGCGGGCUCCAUGCUACCAGGCCGAGGUGCUGCUGCAGCCUGGCUGCCCACCAGAGGAGGCUGGCGCCCCCAGGCCCAGGCUCACCAGUGCCACCCAAGACACUCAGGAGUCCAGCGCCUUGGCCACUGAGGCUGCAGGUGAGAGCAGGAGGUGGCGUAGGCCAGAGCAGCCAUUCUGUGAUGCUCCUCUUCUCCUUGAGCCUUUUCUGGGUGACUCCUCUCUGCCCUUGGCUUAAACAUGACCUGUUCCUGAGGGGUGGCUACAAGCU